UUGUAUUUAUAUUUGUCAUUACUCGUCAUAUUAAAAAUUAUUUUAACUAUAACACAUUUAUUUUUUAUGACUUUAACAGACACUGACAAAACCAAACAUUUUGAGAAUGUUUUCAGGCAGCUCGUUUUGGAGCCAGCAGGCUUUAUGCCCAAGCACGCAGCCGACGGCUUGCGCUCGAUAAUGCGCGGUGAGGCCAGCGAUGCUCAGAUUGGCGGCUUUCUGACAGCACUGCGGCUGCGUGGAGUCGACAGAGACCCCAGUAUGAUUGCAGCCCUGGCCAAGGAAAUGCUCGGCAGCGCGCUCAUCCCCUCGAUAGAGACAGAGACGAAGACCAGACCAGGGUUUGGCAUCCUGGCCGACAUUGUUGGUACCGGCGGCGACGGAUGGAACACAUUCAACAUCUCGACCACGUCCUCGCUGGUGGCCGCCGCCGCAGGUUUAAAGAUGGCCAAGCACGGCAGCCGCGCGUCGUCGUCUAACUGCGGCUCUGCAGAUUUGCUCGAGAGCAUGGGCUGUGAUCUAAACACUGUCGCGCCCUCUGACGUGGCCGGUCUCCUGGACAAGCACAACUUUUGCUUUUUGUUUGCCAGCACGUUCCAUCCGUCGAUGCGCUACUUGGCAAAGUCCCGCCGCGAGCUGGGGUUCCCGACGCCAUUCAAUGUGCUGGGCCCGUUAACCAACCCGGUGGUUCCUGAUCGCGCGGUCAUUGGCAUCUACUCAAAGCAACUGGGCCCAGUCAUGGCCGAGGCGCUGAGGAUUCUCGGCCGUCGCAACUACGCUGUUGUGUGCGGCGACGAGGAUCUCGACGAAGUCAGCAUUGCUGGUUUGACGCAUGUGUGGCACAUCCAGGCCGACGGCGAAAUCAAGAACUACACGGUCCAUCCAAGCGACUUUGGAGUUGCCGCCCACCCGUUGUCGACGGCUGCUGGGUCCACGCUUGAAGAGAACAAUGCCACGCUACGGCGGUUGCUGAGCAACGAGCUGAAGAAAAAGGAAAUCCCAAUUCGUGACUUUGUUCUAGUCAACACUGGGUUUUUGCUGUACGUAGCUGGUGUUGCUGCAUCGAUGAAAGAAGGUGCUGCGAUUGCCAGGCAAACUCUCGAGUCGGGCAAGACAAAAAAACUGCUUAAAGGCUUUGCCCUGGAUACACAGGGUUUACAAAAUUCAAAAAGUUUACUUACUACUAAAAGCAAGGAUUGA